AUGCAGGCCUGUACCAGUCAAACGGCAGAGGAUGAAACAACAAAUACAAAUAAGUCACGUGAAACUUUUCGCAGGAACUCGGGUUUUGAGGCCUUAAUGGAGUUAACAUGCGGCCUGAGAUCCGAAGCCAGAAACAAUUCAUCUGAAAACGAGUACGACUUGCAAGAGUUUCAGACAGAGUAUGUGAUAAAGCCAUACAGCAAGGACGAUGUUCACAAAUAUAUAAAAUAUGAUGUUUGGUCGAGUACACCGAAUGGGAACAAGAAAUUGGAUGCUGCUUUUCGUGAUUCAGAUGCUAAGCGAAACUGGAGUGAAGUGUCAUGUCUUUCUAUUUUUCUCGCUGUUAAUGCUUAUUACUUUAAUGUUUUGCAAAGCAUGAAAUGUAAAUUUAAUGUUCGUUACCUUCAGGUGAAUGGUAGUGGACAGUUUGUGGGAGUUGCUGAGAUGAUCGGGAAGGUUGAUUUUAGCAAGAAUAUGGACUUUUGGCAGCUUGACAAGUCCAACCUUGUUCUUGUUGUUCGUGGACUGGAUGAGAAUGUUGAUGAGGAAAUGCUUCGUUAUGAAUUUUCUAAUCGUGCUCCUAUUAAGGAUCUGCGACUUGUCAGAGACAAAUUCACACAUCUGAAGAGGCUUUGCAUUCGUGCAUUUCUGUUCAGUAAGUUUAAUAUUGCUAGCCUGUUCAUUCUUGAUGACAUAGAGGAGAGUGUGUUUCUCUCUAAUUUGCAAAAUGUUUUGGAGGUGUCAGCUGAGUUAGAUGCUGAAACGAAGUGCUUAAGCAAGUUAUGCAAGCAAGAUGCUGCCGCUUAA